AUGGACAAUUCUGUCAGUGAUGCAACCACAUCAAAAGCAACAUCGACGGCUGUUAUUUCUAAAUUGUCAACUGCCUUUGUUUAUGAAGAUUUAGUCUUUCAUGCACACGCCAUUCGACAACAAAAUAUUGAAAUUGCGACACUUAUUGAUAAUAAAUAUAAAAAUGACAAGAAAAAACGUAAAGAAUUGAAAUCUCGUUCAUUAACAUUUGUCGAUCCCUAUGGAAAUCCAACAGCUAAUGCAUAUUUCGAUCAUGAAACCAUCAAUACAAUACAUAGCAAGUAUAAGAAAGAUUAUGUUCCGAAAUAUUUACAAAAAUGGAUAAAACUUGGAAAAAUGAAUCAAAACGGUAUUUCACCAUUUAAUGAAAAUGAACUCAAAUCGUCUGUAUCCGAACAUACUGAUGAUACUCAAAUAAGUACAGCAUGUUGGAAUGAAGGUCAAAGACUCAAAUCAGAUGGCACUAUCUUCUCAUAUAAAUUAUAUGAAGACACUUGUAUCAUCAUGGUAAAAGCAUUGGAAGAGAGCGCUUUCGGAGAAGCCUUGUUGAAUUAUCAACUUUUUGUGAAAAAUCUCACUGGAAAGACAAUCAUUAUUGAAGUGAAUCCUUCCAUGGAUAUAUCUACUGCCAAACAACUGAUUCAAGAUAUGGAAGGUAUUCCUUCAGAUCAACAACGUUUAAUAUUUGCGAGUAAAAAAUUAGAAGACGAGCGAACUCUCUCCGAUUACAACAUCCAAAACGGGAGUAUGUUUCACAUAGUAUUAUGUUUACGCGGUGGUAUGUAUCAUUUUACAAGUGGUCGACACGAUUUUGAUAAAAUACCAAGCGAAUCAGCCGAAGCAAUAAGAAAUGUUCUUGUAUUCGAAUUUGAGCAUACUGAUCAUCUUGAACAUUUGGCACCGGUUGAUGUACAAAAUUCUGUUUUACGAUCACAAGCCUUACUCUCAGAACUACUCUCUAAAAUUAAAAACUAUUCCGUGUCAAGCGAUGUUCCGAAUUUGAAAAAUAUUAUAUUGCCAAAUCUUAUUGAUAAUGAAGAUAAAGAUAGUGAUGAUUUGUUCGAUGAUAAAUGA